AUGACCACCGAUCAACCUGUUGAUGUUUUAGGAGCAGAAGAAGAUUCCGAUGAUGGAAGUGGAGAAGGAGCAAGAGAUGAGCUUGAGAAGAAAUAUGGAUACACUUAUGGAGAAUUUCUUGUAAUUUUCGGAUGGCUAGGAAGUAUUGCAAUGUUGGGAGUUUAUAUGUGGAGUGUUAUAUCUGGCUACUCUUAUCUUCAGACCCAUCCUCCAGUAUCAGUGGAUGUCACUUCUUAUUCAUCAUUGAACUUUCCCAAGACAACAUUUUGUUCAUCAAUACCAGAUACAGCACUAAGUUUUACUGGAUGCACAAUUCCUGGAGGGAGUUGCACUGAAACUCUUUCAUCAUCAAAAAUUACAGUAACACAGGCAGGUACUGUCUACACGUAUCAGUGUUUUACAUUUAAUGGAGAUGGAAAAUCAAAAUACAAAUCAAAUCAAAGUGGAUAUGGUGGAUCAAUUGCUUUUGAGUUUACACUUGAUGAUUUCUCAAAGAUUAAUAGUCUUAAAAGAGCUGGUCUUUAUGUAUUUUUCAAUACUUAUGAUGAAGGUGUUUCUGUCGAUAAUGACCAUGCCAAGUUCAAUUUUGCAUCAGUUGGAGAUGAUAACUUUUUCACUCUCUCUUUAGAGAACAUUAAGAGAUUAAAGACAUCAGUCGAGUAUAGAACUGAUAACACACUCUAUAAGGCAGUGAAGUCUUCUGUAAAAUUAAUUAACUAUUCUGAUGGAACAGUUGUGGUUUCUGUUGGUUAUGGUAAAUUGGACAUUACAACUAGAAAUGAAUUCGAGUCUAAAACUUGGACUGAAUUGAUGGGAGAAAUUGCUGGUAUGUUGGGUGUAUUGUUCGGCCUGGAUCUCCUAAAAAUGAUAAGAGUUGGGUUUAUUAUAUUCGAAGCAGUCAAAACUAAACAACACAGACUGGUCUAUGAAGCUUUGAAUUAA